GGGAAUGUAUUUUCUUCAGGCACCGAACUAGUCAACUAUCACAUUCUAGGGUCCUUGAAAGCGUAGUUCUGAGCGCCGUAGAGGCUGGCCGAUCGUUUGACAGGGAAGCAGUGUCGGCAAAGACAUAACACACGUACAGAACAAAAUGGCUUCCAUGUUGCUAACAACGAUGCGGAGCUGCUCCAUCAGCCCCUCCUUGGCAAUGCGAUUUGGAGCGCGCUCUCUCAGUACCACAGUCCAGCUUCAGGCCCAGGUUCAGACGAAGAGCAAAAAGACGCUGGCCCGGCCCGGAGUGAAGAACAUAGUCCUGGUGGAAGGAGUUCGAACCCCUUUCUUGAUGUCUGGAACCACAUAUGCUGACCUCAUGCCCCACGACUUAGCCAGAGCAGCUCUGCAAGGUCUGCUGAACAAAACGGCAAUACCCAAAGAUGCCGUCGACUACAUCAUUUAUGGAACAGUCAUUCAGGAGGUCAAAACCAGCAACGUAGCACGAGAGGCAGCUUUGGGAGCUGGCUUCUCUGACAAGAUCCCUGCUCACACCGUCACCAUGGCCUGCAUCUCCUCCAACCAGGCAAUGACCUCAGCUGUUGGUCUGAUCGCUGCAGGCCAGUGUGACGCUGUUGUGGCUGGUGGCGUAGAGUUCAUGUCCGAUGUUCCCAUCCGUCACAGCCGUAAAAUGAGGAAGACCAUGCUGGCCCUCAACAGGGCAAAGACUCUUGGACAGAGGCUCAGUUUGAUCGGCAGUAUUAGAAUGGCUCACCUCACCCCCGAGCUUCCUGCUGUAGCCGAGUUCUCCACAGCUGAGACAAUGGGUCACAGCGCUGAUCGUCUGGCUGCUGCGUUUGGGGUCUCCAGAGUGGAGCAGGACGAGUUCGCCCUUCGAUCACACUCUCUGGCCAAAAAGGCUCAGGAGAGCGGUCUGCUGGAGGAUGUUGUCUCCUUCAAAGUGCCAGGUCGUGACAUUGUCUCCAAGGACAAUGGCAUCCGGCCCUCUUCCCUGGAACAAAUGGCCAAACUGAAGCCCGCCUUCAUCAAACCUCACGGCACCGUCACCGCCGCCAACUCCUCCUUCCUGACUGACGGAGCUUCUGCCGUUCUCAUCAUGUCUGAGGAGAAAGCUUUGGCUAUGGGUUACAAGCCUAAAGCCUACCUCAGAGACUUUGUCUACGUGUCCCAGGACCCCAAAGAUCAGCUGCUUCUGGGGCCAACAUAUGGUACACCAAAAGUCCUUGAGCGUGCUGGCCUGACUAUGGAGGAUAUUGAUGUCUUUGAGUUUCACGAGGCAUUUGCUGGUCAGAUCAUGGCGAAUCUGAAAGCCAUGGACUCAGAUUGGUUCGGACAGUCGUACUUGGGCAGGAAAUCAAAGGUGGGGACUCCUCCCAUGGAGAAGUUCAACCUGUGGGGGGGCUCUCUGUCUCUAGGUCACCCAUUUGGUGCCACAGGCUGCAGGCUGGUGACUACAGUGGCACAUCGACUGAAGAAAGAGGGAGGACAGUACGGACUGGUGGCUGCUUGUGCUGCAGGAGGACAGGGUCAUGCCAUGGUCAUCGAGGCCUACCCCAACUAAACAAACAACAACUUUCUGUACCAUAAAUCCCUGGAAUUAUCAUGACGACUACAUGCACGCUAAUAUCCUGACAUGAGAUGUACAUACUAGCACCACUUUGCCUUGAUUAGAGAAGAGUCCCAUGCAGUACGGUUUAGGAAUCUUGUGUAAAUUCAGCUCUUAAAUUAUCGCAGAAUGUCGUCCAGGAAAGUUGCCUUUGUUUUUGCCGGUCUCUGAGGUGCAGCCGUGUCAGCGUCGUCACUGAGUCGAAUGUAACAUAGCCAAAUCGAGCACUCAGAAGAGCCUACUGUUUAUAUGGUGUAAUAUGUUUUUCUAACCAGCUGUUGGAAUUAAAUGGUGUGAUGGUAAUCACAUUAGAACUGC